AUGCCUAAGGUUAACAAGCGCAAAGCUCUAGCUCAAUCUGCGUCUGCUGCUUCAUCGGUGAUUCGAAAAGAAGAGGAAGAGAAGGAUGUCGAAAGUUUUGAGGAGAAAUUGAAAGAACACGAAGUGGAAGAGAUGAGUGUGGAGAAGGAGGAUGACGACGAUGAUGAAGAAGAAUAUAUUCCGGGGAAAGAUGAUACGCUACUCAUGGAGAAGCUACAGUUGUCCGAUAUAGCCGAUCUAUUCGAACUAUGCAAAACCCAAACUGGUGUACGAAAUCUAUCAGUCCUUCUCUAUACGCUCUUACGACAUGUGGGUCUUCCUUGGGGAACCAUUGAUGAUCUUUUGGCUUCUAUUGGCGCGUACCGCUGUAAAACUGCACACAAGUCGGCAAAAAUCUUUCCUUCCGGAGACUUCAAUACUUUUACGGAAGAUAAUCGAGGUGGAAAGCAAAGCAACUCAUUCUACGAUACAUAUCCAGAGUUGGAGAUGGAAGCCAAAGCGUUCGCAAUCCAAGGUUAUUCUCAGAAGGCUGCAAAUUUCACCGCUGGUCAUUUGGCGCGCUUUAUCGACGACAAGUACUACGAAAUAACUCAGUCAAAGAAAAGCGAAGAGGGUCUCGUCCGCUCUGAAAAGAGCUGUCGUCUUGAUCUACGAAGGUGGGAAGCCAAGUUUCAGCCUAACUCACAGCCCCCUUAUUUCGAAGGUCACGAGAGAGCAGAUGUUGUUGCUCAUCGCGAACAAUUCGUAUCUUACUUUGUCGAACGGAAAGCUCAUUAUUACACCGUGAAAGAGGGCGACAAUCCCGACUGGCAAUCCCCUACUGCGAAACCAUGUGUGCUUAUACGCCAUGAUGAGAGCACUUUUCGCCCUCGCUCAAGAACUGCAACUCGCUCUUCCCGAUAA